AUGAGAUCCCACACAGCACCCGCGCUCCUCGCGCUGCUGCUGGCGGCGACGGCAGCAGCAAAUGUGCUCCGGAUACCGGUCGCGAGGAACUCACCGGGUACCGUCACCAGACGGAACCCGCGCUUGACCAGGCGGGCGACCUUCACUGAGUCUCUGGUCAACAACAUCACCGGCGGCGGAUACUACGCCAGCGUCUCCGUCGGCACGCCUGGUCAGGACAUCGACAUGAUCCUGGACACGGGGAGCAGCGAUGCCUUCAUAGUGGCCGCCGGAGCGGAUCUGUGCGAGAGCCCGAGGUUGCAACUUAUCUACCAGACGUCGUGUGGACAGACAUUUGAUUCAUCUCAAAGCUCCACUUUUGAGGUUGUCGUACCUGAUGGCUUCCAAAUACAGUAUUUGGAUGGCAGCACAGCCGCUGGAGACUAUGUAACUGAUCACUUCGAGAUCGGCGACACAGUUAUCGAAUCACUGCAGAUGGGUCUUGCCAACCAGACGGCUUCUGGCACUGGAGUUCUCGGGAUCGGCUACACUGCAAACGAGGCGGCCGAGACUCCGUACCCGAACCUCGUGGACCAGAUGGUGCAACAGGACUUCAUCCCCACCAAGGCAUACUCCCUCUACCUGAACGACUACCAGUCCUCCACGGGCAGCAUCUUGUUCGGUGGCGUCGACACGGAAAAGUUCAUAGGAGGCCUUACCGUCGUCCCUAUCCUACCCGACGCACAAACACAGAACAUCACCAGUUUCACGGUGGGGAUGACGGCGGUUUCCUUCGCCUUCCCCAACGGGACGACAUACAACGCGAGCCUGCAGGGCGGCAGUCUCGACGCCGUCCUCGACUCCGGGACCACGCUCUCGUACUUCCCGGACGACAUCGCGACACCCUUGUUCGACGCCCUGGGCGCCUUCACGUACAGCUCCCUGGGCUCGGUGGGGCUGACCAUGGUCGAGUGCGGGCUCGCCAACUCGGGCAUGGAGGUCAGCUUCCGCUUUAACGACAGCGUCUCGAUCAUGGUGCCGGCCGACGAGAUUGUCAUAGACGCCUUCGGCUCUGUAAGCGGCAUGAUCCCGCCCGAAAUUCCCCUGCAGGACCCUUGCCUCUUCGGCAUUCAGAAUUCGGGCGACUCCCUGCCCAGCGAGGGCGCGCGCCAGAUCGACUUUGCCCUGCUCGGCGACACGUUCCUGCGCAGCGCGUACGUCGUCUACGACCUCGACAACAACGAGAUCGCCCUGGCGCAGGCGAACCUGAACAGCACCGACACCAACGUCCAGGAGCUGAACGGGUCGUCGGACCUGACGGCAUUCGAGGGCGUGGCGGAGCAGCAGGAGUCGAGCGGCACGUCUGGUGGUGGUAGUACGGGGACAGGCUCGGGUUCUUCGGGAAGCAGCACGGACCGUGCUCAGCAGCAGCUCGGGGGUACAGUCCGUCUCUGCGACAUUUACUAA